ACUUCAAUUCCGCAAAAGGAGUAUGUGGUGGACGUAUGGUUUGGAAACCACCCCUUCUACCUCGGAAGUCGCUCUGCCCUGCUCGUCGAUGCCGACCAGGUCGAGAAGUUCAGAAAGAGAUUCGCUGGCCUCCUUCAGAUAAUGGAAAUUCCCGUCCUCGUCCUCCCCUCCAAAAUACAUUUCCAUAUCGCGCAAAGGCUCUCGUCAGAAGAAGAAGUAUCUGGAAAAAAGAAGAAGCUAGAAAAUGUUGUAAUUCAAAGACUCUCUUUUGAUGCUAUUUUGAUGCUAUUAAUUAUCAAACAAAGAUGGCGCCUAGUAGAAGUCGCUGAAGGUCAAGAUCUAGACAAUACACACCGGGAACUACAAUGCGAGGCCGGCCCCUGGGCAAAGCCACCAAAGCAAGGGCUUUGGGUCCCUAGACGGAAAGGAUAAUGCUUGAGACCCCCAAAAAGUGACCCCCAUUUAAUGUGGAGUGUUGGAUGUGAAGUGGGCCCUGCAUGUGUGUUUUUAAUCAAUGGUUAUUUUGAUACUAGAUAGAUUUGGGGGUCUCUAGCAUUGUCCAAACGGAAAUUAGAUCAUAAGAUUUCAUCCUCAUAUUAAUAUGUGGAUUUCUUUUGAUUACUUUUUUGUUGAUAUAUAUAUUGGCAACUGAUCUAAAAAAAAUUUGGGGGUCGCAAACCCCUACCC